AUGGCGACGACUGGCAGUGAGAUGUGGCUUCAGUGGUUCGCGUGUUGCUACCAGCCAGCCGCGCAAGCGCAACGCACGCGGCGGAGAAUAGACCGAUCUAUGAUUGGAGCACCAACCAACUUCCAGCACACUGGACACAUAGGGUCAACUGACGUGGACAUGCCGUCGUCGCUGCUCCACUCCAUACAGAACCAAAUGCAAAGUAAAGGCGGCUAUGAAAUGGCGUAUGGAGUAAAAGUGUACUGA